AUGAUUAUAAUCGAAGCCGUUCAAGCGGAAUCAGUCGAAAGUAGAAAUCAGCUCGCAACCAUGAAACUCGGCUCACUCAUAAUUACAGCGUUUCUUCUUGGUGUUCUGGGCUCUCUGGAUAGUUUAAGGCAAACCCGUGCGUGUUCAGCUCCUUACCUCCUUGAAAAGGAUGGAAACAAGAGAAAGAUCAUCAAAGUGACCAGCGGUGAGAAUGUGAAACUCAGUUGCCCGAUCAGAACCAGUGGUCAGAGCACAAAAAUUCAGUAUUUCUGGCACAAGAACUACAAGAGGUUCGCUUUUUUUCAGCGUGAAGUGGAGGGAAACCGCAAAAUACCCCUCGAGAUAAAAGGGGUAAAGAGAGAAGACAAAGGCUGGUACACCUGUGUUGCGGUGAACAACUGCGGACAUAAAAGUUAUAAAAUGCUCCUCCUUGUCAAAGCUGCUCCACAAUUUAGAGUAUCACAAGAUGGUACAGGACAGAAAGCCAUCGCAGUGAUCAUUGGCAACUCUGUAACCCUAGACUGUUCUGCCGAUGGAUAUCCCCGUCCUACUACGACGUCGUACAAGGACGGAAUAUUGUUUAAGGAAAGGAAAAGUGGCAAAAAAAUCCGUUGGAGAAUCCGUCUGACACUGGGUCCGUCUGACACUGGGUCAUACUCAUGUAAUGUGAGCAACCGAUAUGGAUGGAUUUACCGUACAUUCAAAGUAGAUGCUUAUGAGAAAAUUCGCAGAGUUCCCCAGAUAUCAAUCAUUUGGGAACAGAGAGGAACCAUUUAUGCUGGGACCGAUUUGCAGCUGUACUGCACUGUAUUGUCUCUGAAAGAUAUCGAGACGAAAUUCCGUUGGUAUUUCAGCAACAGCUUUUUUCAAGAUGAAGACAACCAAGGCACUUUAAUCAACCGAACUUUGUUUAAAAGUCAUCUGGAGACAUCGCCCAAUAGUGAUAGUUCGCGGCUAAAAUGGAAGUUAGUCCUGAAUUUGAAAAACCUUUCUGUGGCUGAUACGGGUUCAUAUUCAUGUCAGGCUGAAAACUUUGCUGGAACUGAUCAACGUGAGACCUAUCUUAAUGUCACAACAAGGCUCAUUACACCAUCUAAAGCCCCAUCCAGUUGCGACCUUAGCGGAACAGUGUGUGGUUUUACCCAGGACAGCACCCACGACAAGAUCGAGGAGUCAUAUUCGACACGUGACCCUAGGGGCACUCUUUCUACUGAAAAAGAAUACCUUUUCGAUCCCACUGGAAAUGGUAAGAAGACUUAUGAUGCUCUCGUCCCUGGAAUCGUUUCAGCAUCCGUGCUUAUUACUGUAGCUGUUUUAAUCGUUAUCUACUGGCGACGUCACUCCCGAAUCAAGAGAUCCUUAAAACUUUCAAUUUUACUGUCAAAACAUAAAUUUGAAUACGAUGCGUUCGUUAUUUUCAGCUCCCAAGACUCGGAAUGGGUGAUUAAAACUCUAAUUCCAACUCUUGAGGAAAAACACCAUUUUAAAUGUUGUGUACACUACAGAGAUUUCGUUGUUGGAGUACCUUUUCGUGAAAAUAUGGUCAACAGUGUUUAUAAGUCCAGAAAGACAAUAGCUGUCAUGUCUAAGAACUUUUUCAAUAGCAAUUAUUGUGGUUCUGAGAUGGAAUAUGCCCUUCAUCGACUUAUGGAAAGGAAAGACGACAGUGUAGUGGUCAUCAUAAUUGAUGACGUCGACAGAGGAAAACUUCCUAAGGAAUUGCGAAAAAGGAGCUAUAUAGACUAUCAAAAGAAUGUUGAAAAGGAUCACUGGGAAAGAAAACUGGUUAACUGUUUAAAGAUCCCAAACAAUCAGCCAGAGGAACAGAUUUUGUAAGAAUCUUUCUUUGUCUAUACGGUCACUUACUCGGAACGUUGGCGCUAUAUAAGUAAAUAAGUGACAUUUUUUUACUGUUGCUGAAUUAAUUUGCCUAUUAUUUUCUUUUCAACUCCUUGUUCUUUCAAGCGAAACAUCGGUUGGGCUUCUCAGAAUCAUGUAAUUUUGGUAUCUAAUGUGUAAAAAGUUUAACAAUCAUUUUAAGUUUUAUGAACCAGUCUUGUAGAAAACUUGAAGAAUCUCGUAUUGUAACAAGAGAGGAUGAUUGUAACGAAUUUGUAUCGGGACUAGGAAGGAAAUGAAUCUUUUUAAUCAUGUACCAACCGUUUGUUAAGU